AAUUCAUCAAACUUUUAUGAGAAUUUCAAGUUUUAAACAGGCCUGUUGUGUCAUGGCCUACUAGCUAUAGAAAUAGUGUGUGUAGGCUGCAGGUGAGUGUAAGCUAUGUGUGUGAGAGUGUAUGUGAGCGUGCACAUUUAGGUGUGUGUAUAAAGACAUAUGAUAAAGGUACAUCCCCCCAUCUUUCCUCCAGACAUGUAAAAAGUCUUGCUCCUCUCACAGGCCUGGAGACUGGCUGAAGCACUGAGCCCACCGCACUCGGCGCUAAUCUCGCGAGAGCGGCCCCUCACGGCGGUGCCUGGGCGAUGCGAUGCUGUUGCUGUGGGUUUGAUUGACAGGAAACAUGUCGGUGUGGUGGGAGCGAACCGGGAUGCAGCUGCUGCCAAGGGAGACAGGGAGUACCUGCAUCCAGUCCACACAUCAGCACCUUUAAAACCACCAGGCUUUCCCCACAGAUCCGUGUGCUCAUGAUGCGCUGCUGAACCGCUUCUCUUCUCUUUUCUUUUUUUUUUUUUUUUUGUAAAAAAGCAAACCCAUCCAUUUGAAACGAAGGGGCACCCAAUGGAUGCUGUGGCGAACCGUGUCGUCCCGCUCGGUAUCUUCACAUUGUGUUUGAUUUAGCCUCCAGCCAGAGACACCUUGAUGAAACAGCAGGAACUACGAGGACUGUUGUUGCAAUGGAGUCGACUCUCUCACGGCUCAAAUCGCGUCUGUAAACCUACAACAUCUCGUUUCAUGGCGUUUUGCAGGUUGCUCUGCUCCGUGGGCUUCUCCACGUUUCUUUCCUGAAUUAUUAUUUUUGUUGUUGUUGUUUUUUUAUUUUUAUUUCAAAGUGCAAAGGGAAAAUAACGACCACUGCUCGCAAAACUAUGAACGAGGAGAUGACAAAAAGCGAGGAGCAGCAUCUGAGUUUGCAGAAAGCCUUGCAGCAGUGCGAGUUGGUGCAAAAUAUGAUAGACAUAAGCAUUUCUAGUUUGGAGGGUUUACGGACCAAAUGUGCCACAUCCAACGACUUGACACAAAAAGAGAUACGCACGCUGGAGGGGAAGUUGGUGAAGUACUUCAGCCGCCAGCUGUCCUGUAAGUGCAAAGUGGCCUUAGAGGAGCGCAGUGUCGAGCUGGAGGACUUCCCUCGCCUCGGCCACUGGUUCCGCAUCGUCAACUUGAGGAAGGAGGUCACACAGGAGAUGAGCCCGGGUGAGGUGACCCUGGAGGGCCUGCUGGAGAUGAGCGAGGAGCAGGUGUGUGAGCUGCUGCAGAAGUUUGGUGCCAACGAAGAGGAGUGCGCUCGACUCAACGCCUCCCUCUCCUGCCUCAGAAAGGCCCACCAGCUCGAACAACUUGAGGAGGAUAAAUUGCACAGUAACGGAGGGAGCCAGGCGAAGCAGGACUGGUCCAUCCAGUGGCCCACCUCUGAAUCGGGCAAAGAAAACACUCCGGUGUGCCAGCCAGAGGCCAGUCAGUGGAUCCGGUUCCAGCUCUCCCAAAGCCCCAAAGUCCAGUCCAAGUACAACCAGCACAUGUGCCACAGCCCCAAGGCCCUGGCCCCCCCUUUAUAUGCCGAUCGACUGACCGUCGACAGCCCCGCCACAGGGCUCUUCCCUCCUUUGGACACUGGUCAUCGCUCCCUGCCCCCGUCACCCCGCCAGAGGCAUUUUGGCCACACACCUCCUCGGACUCCCUUGGUGGUCAACACUAUGACCCCGCCUGGCACUCCCCCUAUGCGGCGAAGGAACAAAGUAAAGGCCCCAGGCACGCCACCUCCGCCGAGCCGCAAGCUCAUCCAUCUGCUGCCGGGCUUCACAGCGCUGCAUCGCAGCAAAUCCCACGAGUUCCAGCUGGGGAACCGCUUGGAAGACACGCAGACACCAAAAGCCAAGAAGAAGACCAAGCCCUUGAACCUUAAGAUCCACAGCAGCGUGGGCAGCUGUGAGAAUCUGCCCACGCAGCGCUCGCCCCUCCACACCGAACGAUCUCUGCGAUCCUUCUUCUUCCCCUCCUUCAUCCCUUCAACACCUCCUGUCCAUGCUGAAACACCCUCUGCAAACACUCUCUCAGUGCCUCGCUGGUCCCCACAGAUUCCUCGAAGAGAUCUGGGAAACUCAAUAAAACACAGGUUUUCCACGAAGUAUUGGAUGUCCCAGACAUGCAUAGUAUGUGGGAAGGGAAUGUUGUUUGGACUGAAAUGUAAAAACUGCAAGCUGAAGUGCCACAACAAAUGCACCAAAGAAGCCCCACCUUGCCAUUUAUUGAUCAUACAGCGAGGCGGACGAGAAUCCCUCAAAGAUCACCAAGGAACAACUCAAGUAGCUCGUCUGGUACGGACUGAAUCAGUGCCAUGUGACAUCAACAACCCGCUCAGGUACACAGACCUGCACAUCAGUCAGACGCUCCCCAAAACCAACAAAAUCAACAAGGAUCACAUCCCAGUCCCGUACCAACCAGACUCCAGCAGUAAUCCCUCAUCCACCACCUCCUCCACCCCGUCCUCCCCGGCUCCUCCUCUGCCCAGCAGUGCCACGCCCCCCUCGCCACUACAUCCCUCCCCGCAGUCGGCGCGGCAACAGAAACAGUUCAACUUGACAGCCUCCAGUUAUUUCAAAUACAAACAACAGUUCAUCUUUCCUGAUGUUGCUCCAGAAGCUCCUCCGAGCAGAGCACCGCAGGUCAUCCUACACCCUGUCAUGUCCGAACCAGGGAAUGAGGGGAACCCUUUACUUCAAAUCGAAGUUGAACCUACAUCAGACAACGAGGAGGGCAACGACGAGGACUCCGGUGAUGAGUUUGAGGAGAUGAACCUGUCGCUCCUGUCGGCUCGCAACUUCCCGCGCAAGGCCAGCCAGACCAGCAUCUUCCUGCAGGAGUGGGACAUCCCAUUUGAGCAGCUGGAGAUCGGGGAGAUGAUUGGCAAGGGGCGCUUCGGCAAAGUUUUCCACGGACGCUGGCACGGCGAGGUGGCCAUCCGCUUGAUCGACAUAGAGCGCGACAACGAGGACCAGCUCAAGGCCUUCAAGCGUGAGGUGAUGGCCUACCGCAACACUCGCCACGAGAAUGUGGUGCUGUUCAUGGGGGCUUGCAUGAGCCCGCCACACCUGGCAAUCAUCACCAGCUUGUGUAAAGGCAGGACACUUUAUUCUGUGGUGCGGGAUGCCAAGGUUGUCCUGGACGUUAACAAGACCAGGCAGAUCGCACAAGAGAUGGUCAAGGGGAUGGGCUACCUCCACGCUAAGGGGAUCUUACACAAAGACAUGAAGUCCAAGAACGUGUUUUAUGACAACGGCAAAGUCGUAAUCACCGACUUUGGACUCUUCACCAUAUCUGGGGUUUUGCAGGCUGGCAGCCGGAGAGAAGACAAACUGAGGAUCCCCAACGGCUGGCUGUGUCACCUGGCCCCAGAAAUAAUCCAGCAGCUCUCUCCGGACACAGAGGAGGACAAGCUUCCCUUCUCCAAACAGUCAGAUGUCUUUGCUUUUGGCACCAUCUGGUAUGAGUUACACGCACGUGAGUGGCCUUACAAGAGUCAGCCAGCAGAGGUGAUCAUAUGGCAGAUUGGCAGCGGGAUGAAGCCCAACCUCGCCCAGACUGGCAUGGGGAAGGAGAUAUCAGACAUUCUGCUUCUGUGCUGGGCGUACAAGCAGGAAGAGCGGCCCAGCUUCUCCAAGCUGGUAGAUUUACUGGAAAAGUUGCCAAAACGGAACCGUCGCCUUUCCCACCCAGGGCACUUCUGGAAGUCAGCUGAGUAUGUCAAAUGAGUUAGGGACACAAAACAGCAAACAAUCAGCAACUAUUAAAAAAAAAAAAGGGAAAAAAAAAAACAAAAAAACAAACAGCCGCCAUAACUCUACAUAAAUAACCCACCUCCUUAAAGAAUGCACUGAAUCCAAAAGCCAGCCCAGUGAUGAAAACUGCCCGUGCUGUGUGUAUUUUCAUGGAAUGUUGGCAUGUGUGUGUACAGAUAAGUUGACUGUCCAGCUUCUCAAAGCAGUCGGGACUCAUAUUUUCUUUGGUUUGAUUUAAACCAUACUGGAUAUUUUUUCCUUUUAUCUUUUUUGUCUUUUACUAUUGACUUGAUCCCUUCAUGAUAUUUGAUUUAUUUCCUGGAUGUAUCUUGCUUGUAAUUUUCAACUGAUCACAUCAUCCUGGACUUUAAAAAAAAACAAAAAAAAAACACGUUUGAGAACAAAUGUAGAUUUUUUUCCAUGUCUUCUUUUCUGUUUUGAAUGAAUGUAACUGUUGUACAUCACACAUUGUAUAUUUCCAUAGCAUUGUCUUGCCAUUCCUUAUGUCUGUCAACUGUGUAGACCAUUUUGUCAGUGUUACCUCAUGGUCGCUCAUGUGUGGGUGUCUUUACAAGUUACAUGUGUGUCUCAGAAGCUUUAUUUGACUUUAAAGAAAAUGUCCUCUUAUUUACACCGUACCAUUUGAAUGUGAAGAAGCCAGCAUCCCUGUUUGUGUGGGGAUGUGUUGGCACAGUUCUUUGAUGGGGAGACUGUUCUCUGAUCAGCCUGUGCUUUGAUUAUUGCCUGUGAACAUAAAGUGAGAAGUCUGAACAAUAACAGCCUUUUGGGGAAACAAAGCCGCUGGUCAGACCAGGACUCCCUCACUUGACGCUGUUCUGUGAAAUCGCUGACACUUGAAAUGUAUCUCGCCAACUGUUGGAGAACUAAUUACCCUUCAGAAAUGCUGUCACUGAGCCCCCCCAUCCCCCAUUUCCCAGAAAUAAAUGUAUAUUAUUUUACUUUAAAUAGCAAAUGAUAGAUACAGAAUAUAAUAGAUACAAAUCUAAAGCUUGCUACUGUAUAGUCAGUGCAGUUACUUUAAGUUAUUUUAUUCAAUCGAUACAUGAACUGACACGUUAGCUUUCUGAGUAGUGUAUGAAACUGUUUUAUAAAAUAGUUUGGAAACCUAAAUGGAUCAAGGACCUGUUGCUAACGGGUCCGGGUCUGAGGGGAUGACUUGGAUCCGCACAGGAAAAAGAUGUUUUUGUAAUGAAGUGACUGUUAGAUGCGUAAAGGGAGAGCACAUGACCUUUAAAAAGGCAACACAAAACUCUGAGAAGUCAAAGUAAACUUUAAGUUGUUUUGUUUUUUUUAUUUGUUAAAAUUUGUUCCGAGUUGCUUAAAAGCAGUGUUGCAGUCAUUUUGCUGUACUAGUAUGCUUAGCAUUUUUGAGAACCAGCAUACUUGUGCACCUACCAACAACACAUUGCAAGUAAAAGUUUUUUAAUUAUAGUACACUAAAAAGUAGAAAUGAAAAGAUUUACUUUACCAAAUCUCUUCCAAUCACUGAAAUUAAUACUCAAGAAAUCAUCUGUAUUAAGGUGUGUUCAGACUGAAUCCACAGUGACUUUUAGAGGCAGCUUGAUCGCAUUCAAAGCCGACAGACCGACAGAAGGGGAUGCAAACAGAUGCUAGAUUAACUCAAGGCGGAGCUAAUUAAAUUGAGACUAUGAGGCUACAAGAGAUAUUUAUGAGCUUAUGCUAAAGGCAAAACUACUUAUACCACCAUGUUUAGUAUUCAGCUAAAAUGAAAAGCUAUUGUAGGAGUAGCACAAGAGGAGACGAGUCAUAUAGAUAGCCACCAUAAUCUACGGUCAUACCAGAUCAAGUAAGACUGUAACAAUGGUGCCUUUUAUUUCUUAUGAAUUCAACUUUUAAUUUGUAAGAGGAAAAUUCUGUUAUCUCUCCUCUCAAAGGUUAUAUCAUCUCAAUUUAAAGCAAAGAUGCGACCACCUAAAUCAGUACAGUUUACAAGAGGAAAAUGCCAGGGUAUGGACAAUAUCGGUCUGAGCUGAUUUACUUAGGUCACCUUUUAGGGAAAUUACAUAGACUUACAUUCUGGAGACUCACUCUAACCCAAUCCCUAACCACUGUCCUAACCACAGAGACAAUUCGCCAAUUUUCAACCAACUCUGUGUCACUGUUUGCAGUCCCCUUCUCCAUUAUGAAGAAAUAACGUUCUUUGCUAGCCUGAGGCUAAUGGCAGCACUCACUCAUUCUGAGAGAAAAUAUCAAAAAGGCUGGGGUUUGAUGACAUACAGUUGUCUAUGGCAGCAGGUCCCUCUGUGUCCUUAUUGGUCAAAGUGACGGCUGUGACUGACGAAAAGAAAAUCAAACACGCUAGACUUUCUGUCGAGACGUCGUGAGGCAUCCCAGAUGUGGCGUCUGUUGUCGUCUACUAUGACACACUGCACAACAUGAGAGGAUGGAUUAUUGUGUACGACACUAAUUGUCGUUCAUGAUCCGAGCCACAACUGUAUGACGCCACGUCGAGCUAUAAUCGGGCUGAUAUCACGGAGUGUGAACCCGGCACAAGAGAACUCGGAGUCCAUUUUCAUAGGCCAGUGUAACAAACCAUGCUUAACUUAACCUUAGCCUAACCCUAUGGAUACUUUGCUGAUUUUCAACCAGCUCUGUGUCACUGUAUUGUAGGUAGUGAAACAUGUCAUGAGGCCGAUUUUGUCUGGCUCACUGGCAGGGAGCUCUAGGAGCUGGACGCACAGUGAGCAUCUUAACACAGUUCAUCUGCACACACUGCAGUCAGUGACACAGAGCUGGUUGAAAAUCAGCAAAGUAUCCCUUUGAGCACUGACCCAAAAAAUCGCCUCUUUCUGAAUUGGGGACAUGGCUUUUGUCCCCAGUUGUACAAGCCAUCCUCUGUACUUCAACACUUUUAGGACCCUCACUGACAUAAUGUGUUCCCUUGCCCCUUUCCCGAACCUUAACCAUCACAGCUAAAUGCCUAACCCCAGCUCUUACCCUCACCUAUUGUUAACCUAAUUCUAAUCUGAAUCUUUAAACCAAUUUUGAACCCUCAAACAGGCUUUUAAUGCUCUGUCCAAAGGUGAGAACUGGCCAAAAUGUUCUCACUCUUAAGGUCUAAAACUCAAAUUGGUUCGCACAAAUGUUCAAGUACACACACUCACUUUUAUGCACAUUUCUAGCUAGCUAUAGCUGUAUGUGAAAAAAGUGAGGUUGAAAGGAGCUUUGUGUUGAGUCUGAACACACCUUAAGAACAAAAAACUGAAAGUUGUUAAGAAUGACAAUGUCAUGGGGUUGUGUUGCCCCGUGAAGCGCUGCGAACCGAAAAUGAAUGUUUGUCAUUGGCUGCUGUGAUAAUUGGCUUAAGCAUAAGAGCCUUUGGUUUUUAACUUUUAUUUAUUAAUUUGAUAUAACAAAACAGCCUUUAUCUUGUUUCGAUAUAAACUAGGCUACUCUUGACUACAACACUGCUGAAAAAGUGACUGUGGAGAACAAAUUAAUCUUUAACUUGCCUACUUGUUUUUGUAAAUCUUGAAGGAUUUUAUUUACACAAACAAAGAGUGAAUUAUUGAGUUCUUGGAUUAUAAAGUUAAAGUAACACGUAAGUAACCUAAAUCUGGCUGAACUUUCCCUUUAACAUAUCAGAAAAGACAUAUCAGGAUGCUGAAGACCACCCCAGGCCAUUUUUCUACUUCAUACUGUAAAUCAUAAUAUAUUUUAAAUGUGUGUUUUAGAGAUUUAGCGAAUCGGAGUCAUAUCAUCAUGAAUUGGAAGCUGUGGCGUCAUUCGAGCUGUAUACUGCUUUUGAUUCUCUCUAGCCACGUGGAAUAGAUAGAGACAAUCCAAUCAUGUUAAAUAGCCAUUUUCCACCUCAUUAUAUACACAUCUGCCAGUGUUGGAAAAUGCAUACAAACAAUCUGCUGCUGUUUUUUGGAGUCUGUCUGUCUAUUUUGGAAUUGCUGGGAUUCAAAUAUUGUAAGUGGAUCAUUUAUAUUUGUACUGUUUACAACUUUCAAGUGCAUGAGAUGGACUAUCAAAGAUUGAUUCUUGUUAUGAAAAAAAUAAUCCUUCUACACUAUAUAUAAAAAGUUAUGUGAGCAUUUUUCUGAUGAACUGUUGUCCAUUGAGCAGUUUGAUCUCAAUACCUAAUGAAGUUUUACGUCAGGCUUUGCAGAACUUUUCAACAGCUUUGUUUGAGAGAAUGAUUGUUUCAGAAUAUUUAUAGAUUAUAUAAAUGAUUAGACUAGCAUUUAAAUAAAUAACUAAAAAAAAAGAGUUGCGACCUGUGCACAUGCUAGAGUUGACAACAACCUGACAGGAGAACAAUCAAAGAUCUAACAUUAGUGCCAAGUGUACAUAACAGAUUGUAGACUAUGUUUUAUCGUCACUUGCCGUAAUAUCAAUAUUCCUUGUGAAUUUUUUUACUUCUUUCUUUUGAAUGUACAAAUUGUGUUGUGUUUUUUUGUCGUUUCUGUUUUCUGUUCAUUUGAAUUUCUUUUCCUCCAUUUUCCUUCUAACUGCAUAAGCAUUGAUGCUGUGUUGUUUCUUUUCCUUGAUUCCGUCCUUGUAUUGUAGAUGAUAGCUCCAAAAAGCUUGUAUUUAAUGAUGCCUUAUGGUCCAUGGCUUAGUGAUGAGUAGAUUUUGAUCACAAGCUCUUUUAUUUGCACUCAUCCUUUACAAAGUGUAUGACAAUAAAAAGAUGUUUUCAUUUUGGA